CCAACCGAAUUUCCGGUUGCAGAAGCAAUAUGAGAAUAUUCCUGUUAAUCGUUUAUUUUCUCCUACAGGAUGUAUCCGGCUGUCUUGUGCUUCACGACUAUUUGAAUCCCGACAUGCGGGGUUGCAAGUGCCCAGCGGUUAAACUGUUCAACCAAGAGGACGUUCGUAAAAAUGAGGGAGGGCGCUAUUUGGAGGAUCAUCAAGUGUGGGAUCCCAUCGUUGAAUCAGUUGGUGACUGCUUUUUACGGAUUAUGUGUAAACCAGUUCCUGGAGUCCGUUCAUUCCUUACUGUGCUCUUCAGAAGCAAUGGUCCUCCAAUAUACAUCAACCGAGUGGUGGCAAAUCAAUCUACGUUUGUCGAACAACCACGAUCAAUUGGCGACUUUGGAUGCAAAGAAUACAAUGGAGGAUAUGCAUGGUUCUUCCAUGAAGCCGUUAUCGAAGACCUUUCUUUUGCCUGUGUCGCUGACUCACACAGCUGUGAUUGUCCACAAAUUGAAGUUGAUACGGACUCGGGAGCGAUUGUUACCAAUCAAAUGCCAUUGGCCACUGACCAAUGUGGUUUCAUCAAUGCAAGAUGCUCUGCCAGUGACGACAAGCCAUUUUUAUAUUCUACUACAACUGACGCAAUAUAUAGCGGAAAAGGCAAAGGAGGUUAUGCUUCAUCGAUUCAUCGUUAUGAAGAUCUUCUUUGUGUCAGAGGGAAAGAACUCACAUGGUACAUUGGAAACUUGAAAUUAGACAAUCUAGUAGUAAAAUGCAAUACCGAUGAGAGGGCGCAGUGGGAUUGUGGGAUGUUUAAAGCUGUCAUCAGUUUGCAAGAAUUUAAACCGCAUCACAUAAUUGGUGUCUAUUCACAAGCACAGCUUGGGACCAUUUUGUGGAUGUUAGGCGAUCAAUUUCAGAUCAUCUGCGAGCCUGAAUACAAACCAGUGGUUUUCAGUGCAAACAAUGAACCCAUUGAGAUCUCCGACCAGGCACCAGCGAUUGAAUGCGCCUACAAUCCAAUGACCAACUUUGCCUCAAUGUGGGUUGUGAACGGAAUUAGAGUCUUCGAUCCAGCUGGAGCAUGGAUUAAACUUGAGACAUGAAAACGGUCCUAAAGUAUCAUUCACUUUAACAGUUUGUUUUUCUCAAUAAAUCUUUAAAUAAA